AUGGAUGGGAAACCGGUAGUUGGUAACAGAACUGGCGAUGAAGAGCUGGAGUCAAAUGAAGAACAACAACACUUGCUUGGCGGUCAAGUGCAACGCCAACACCAAUGGCAAGUGCAACAACGUCAACAACCAACAACAUUGGCACGUGAUGAAGCUGUUCGUACAAACAGUUAUCCUGAAAAUCCUUUAGGCAACUGGAGUACACCAACUAAUCCUGCCACUGUCCGUGCUGUGGAGGACAUAGAUUUGAAAAUACAUUCUAAAUUAGAAUUGCAAAAAUUGCCCCCAGAGAUGUUGCAGCAGUCUUCGACCAACAAUAAGGAACAAAACGGUUCCACGAUAAUUCUAACACCAACAUCAUUAACAACAGGAGGAGCAGCAGGACCACCUACAGCAGCAGGCGGUCAGUGUGGCAGCAAUGAUGAAUACACGGGUCCCAAAUGGUGGCAUUAUUUGGUUCGAAAUUAUUCAAUUUCAUCACAACCCUUGGCCAUUCUGUUGAUAUUCAUUGGUCUAUGGAUAUUAGCUUACAUCCAAUUGCCAGAAUAUGCGAUACCCAGCACAGUGAUAAUGCGUAUCGUUCUGCUGUUUGUGGGAGCACAAACAGCCGGUAUCCUGGUGACAUUCAUAAAAUUACCUGACAUGUUGGGCAUGCUGUUCUUUGGUGUUCUAUAUGCGAAUGUGGGUUUGGCAGAUUUUACGGGCUAUGCAAAAUUCGAAGGAUUUCUAAGGGAGAUGGCUUUAAUAAAUAUUAUGUUACUGGCUGGCUUGGGCCUAGACGCAAAUGCCUUUAAGAAAUUAUGGUUUAUGAUAACACGUUUGACCCUGGUGCCGACCAUUGCUGAAGUUAGCAUCAUUGCUGUAUUGGCAUAUUUCUUAUUGAAUAUGCCAUGGCUGUGGGGUAUUUUGUUGGGUUUGGUGGUAACGGCUGUGUCUCCCAAUGUCGUUGUUACGGUGAUGCUAAAACUGAGAGAGGACCGACUAGGCCUUAAUAACGGCAUCCAUACACUGAUCUAUGCCAUGACGACGUGUAAUGAUGUGGUGGCCAUUUUCGUGUUUGGUGUUAUUAAUGGUGUAAUCUUCUCAACAGGAGGAUCAUUAACUGAACAAAUUUUACAAGGACCCGUUGGUAUUGGAAUUGGCCUAGUUUAUGGCUAUUUAUAUGGUAUAAUGUUACAAUUUGUACCGUCGCGUAAUUCGACGUAUGUAAAUGGUUUACGCUUUGUCUUGACCAUCUUGGGUGGAGCCAUUGCUGUAAUGGGCAGUAAAGCUAUCAAGUAUCCAUCAGCAGGCGCCUUAGGCUGUGUAACAGUUGCCUUUGUAGCUGGCAUCGGAUGGAAGCGUCAACAAGCCAAAAUGACGCCACAACAGCGACAGACAUAUGAAAAUGUAAGUUUAUGA